UCAGUACGCGAGUUCAUGAGGUGACAUCAUUUGGAUGCAAAAAGCCGCUUAUCGCAGUGAUCUCAGUUUAUGUUUGCGCUGCAUUUGACGUGUGCAAUUAUUCUCUAGGAUGUCUUCGAGUUUGGAUUACUAUUGCGUUGGUGAUGCUGUCUGUGAUGAAAUACUGGGACUACUAUCGAAGUUUGGAAAUGAAGCCAUAGCCAAGCGAGGCAUAUUCCGUGUGGGGGUUUCAGGUGGUUCAAUUGCGGAUAUACUUGCUGAGGGAAUGUACGAUAUUAGGACUGAUUUUACCAAGUGGCAAAUUUUCUUCUGUGACGAACGCAUUGUGCCGGUAGAUAGUAAAGACUCAACUUAUGGAGUUUUCGAACGGGACAUGUUGAGUUAUCGCAAAAAUGUUCCGAAAUCUGCAUUUUUUCCAGUGAACUGUACCCUGAGUCCAACUGAAGCAGCUGCCGACUAUGAAAAAACUAUUAGGAAAGCAUUCAAUAUGGAAAAUACUACCGACAUUCCGUCAUUUGAUCUGUUGAUCCUUGGAAUUGGUCCCGAUGGUCAUACAGCAUCUCUGUUCCCGGGACAUCCCUUACUGGACGAAAAAACAAAGUUGAUCGCUGCUAUCACGGACUCGCCGAAACCACCUCCUAAUCGAGUAACAAUGACCUAUCCCUUGAUUAACAAUGCCAAAAUCUGUAUGUUCGGAGCACAAGGACAAUCGAAGGCGGAAGUUUUGAAGAGAAUUCUAGUGGAUAAAGAUGAAUCUCUACCGGUUACUCGCGUUGAUCCGAAAAAUGGAGAACUCAUUUUCAUUGCAUGUGAUGAAGCUGACUCACUCAUCGAUGUUGACCCAACCCGUAAGGCAAAGAAGGGUUAAAGGUUUAAAGGCUUGUUUGAGUGUUAUCAAAGUGACCUUAUGGCUAGAUUGGUUAUGUUUUUAUGUGGAAAUACAUCUUUUACUGUUCGACUAAUGUGAUACGGAAAUAAAAAUGUCUUAAAAAAUAAAAUAAUAAUAUAAUAUUUUUCCGGACCAAUAAUUAAA